AUGCACAAAAUAUCAACCUUCACGGGCUCGGCCCGCCACGGCUGGGAAAAAAUGACGCCGUCCACUGGCUUUCCCUUCUCGAGGUCGAAUCACGAUAUGCCCGUCACAACCCCGAUAAAGCGACCAUCGACAGCAUCGUCCGCGCCGCCCACCAUCCCCCCCGGCACCCAGGUCAAUCUGUCCUUCAACGUGCCCUUCUCGUCAAAUCUCGCCGGCCCCGAUGUCGACGACAUCAUGUACGCCAGUCCCGGGGCAAAAGCCCGCUGGACCCAUCCGGAAGGCACGGCUGAGGGCACCCCACCACACAAGCUGCCCGUUCAUGCCCAGAAUGUCGAGAACCUGCGGGCUAUCUGUCGGGACAUCACAGAGACGAGCAAUGGACAGGUCUCCGCCACGGUCGUGUCUGCCGAGUCCAAGCCGCUUCCGGGUCUGCAGCGGGGCCCGUUGCGGGCUCUGGUCACUAAUGUCUGUCUGUCUGGCGAGCAUGAGCUGGUCAAUAAUGUGCGGUGCAAGAUCCUCAACAACACCCCCAUCUCAUUGAGGUCCUCGUUUGUCGACAUCGACUCUGAUCUGAUCAUCGACCGCCCUACGCAGCAUCUGAAGAGCCCUGUGCUCAACCAGCUUGACCUGAUUGCCAAGACCACCAAGGCUGACAUCUUCGUGCUCAUGCCGAAGCAACCCGACAUCGAGUCUGCAAGCUUCAACGGUAACUUGGACACUGGGCUGGACUCCCGGCUGCGAUGUGCCAUCUAUGGUGACAUGGAGACGAUGGAGCACGCAAAGACCCGCGUGCUGAUCAUGAUAGAUCAGAUUCUCAAACGAUACGUUGAUACAAUGAAGCUUGAGCUUACUAUGCAUACAUUAAUAUGUGGACGGGGACGCAAGAACAUCAAGUUGAUUGAGUCCGCCACGGGCACGGCCAUCUACUUCCCGCCCCCCUUCCCUCGGAUAUUCGGCUAUACUCCUGCAGGCGCGCAACGGAGACCGGACGACAUGAUUUACAUCACGGGAGAGAGCCAAGAAAGCAUCUUACGCGCUAAGCAGCGGCUCCAUGAUCUUGUCAUGUCCACUAAAGUCUUCGUCAAGCCAGUUAUGGUGACAGACUCGAAGCUGGACUCGCUCUUGUUGGAGCGGCUCGACAAGGUUCGCAAAAUUAUCGAGAACAACGGAUCCUAUAUUCUUCUGCCACCGCUUGGACUGCAGCGUGGUGUCGUUCGAGUUCAAGGCACGGACGUGUUGCACGUCGAGCGGACCGUGCGCGAAUUAAUGGCCCUCGCUGGCCAGUUCUACAGUGCGUCAUGGUUCAUUACCCAUCCAGAUCCUACGCAGCGUCCGCCCACUCAGCAGGAUGUACGCGCUAUGCUGUCGGACAUUUGCAUCAACUCUGGCGCAGAGAUUAGUUUUGAGAAGCUCAACUUCCACAUCUUCGGAUCCGAUGAUGCCGUCAAGGCUGCUAUGAUGGUCAUUAACAAUAUCCCGUUCGUGAAGAAAUCGCAGUACAAUAUGAGCGUCAAGAUCGAGCUUGCGAACGAGCACAAGGAGUUCGUCAGCGGUAAGAAGAAUGGCAAGAUUAACAAAAUCAUGAGCCACAGCAGCGUCCAAAUUGUCUUUGAUGGAUUCAACGAGUAUAAUUUCUACAUUGUGGUCCGCGGCGCCCAAUACGAUACAACCAAGAGUGGUCUUGAUCUUGUCGAGCAGGAGAUGCCUGCUGCCAUUUCGUUCCACGUCCCUGACCAGUACCACAAGCGCAUCAUCGGCAUCGGCGGCCAGCACAUUCAACGCAUCAUGAAGAAGUAUUCCGUCUUCGUUAAGUUCUCGAACGCUAUGGACCGUGGUGGCUUCGGCAAGGAGGAAGAUGACAUCAAGGUCGACAACGUCAUUUGUCGUACCCCUGCUCGUAACGCCCAGAAUCUAGAUCUAGUCAAGCAAGAGAUUAUGGAUAUGGUCGAGAAAGCUGAUGCUGAGUUUGUCUCUGAGACAAUCAACAUCAAUCGACUCUAUCAUCGCGAGCUCCUUGCGCGCAUGGACAAGAUUGACGAGUUGGAGAAGAAGUUCAACUGCAAGAUCACUUUCCCAAGCACUGAGGAAGCGAGUGACAUCGUCACUGUAUCUGGCCCUGAGUAUCAGGUGCCCCUCGCUGUGGAUGAGUUCUUGGGUAUGGUUCCCGAGGCCCAUGAACUAUCGUUCCCUGUUUCUACAGAGCUUGGGGAGCACAUGCGGUCCCCUGAGUUCAAGGCUGAUAUCCUUGACAAGUUGAAAGAUCAACAUGUUGUCGAAGGUCAUCUGAAGGAGCCGCAGACUGAGACCAUUGAUGGCAAAGAGCAGCGCAUCGAGACCGUGCAUCUCAGUUUCACGAGGAACAACGCAGGCGGUCUCAAGGAUGCCCUUGACUUUCUGAUCAACCACUUAGUCAUGCACGGCUUGGACACGAACACUAUUCGUGGCGCCCUUCCGCGCCCAAAGUCAGAUUCCUUCGAGGAUUCUCUGCCAUUCUUCGAGUCCAAGCUGCUUCAGCGGGCUGAACCACCAGUUGAUAGCACUGAUUCCCCAACUCGCUCCCACUUCGGUGAUGAUGAGCGCCCAGGCAUGUUAGAUCGCCUUCGCAAGCCAGGUAGUAUGUCUUCAUUCACUUCCAUCUUCAACGGUCGUAAGAACGGCUCCAACUCUCCUGGAUCCCUCUUCAAGCAUGCAUCCUCGAAUGCAUCGAAGGCGUCCCUCGCCAGCCUUGAGUCCCAAGGCAGCGGCUACCGCAACCCUUGGAACGACAGUGGCAUUAACCUCGCGGACGACGAACACCACACCAACGGUUGGCCGAUGCCAACCCCGCGAUUUGAGAAUAAGUUUCCUUUUGGUUCCACUUCAGCGGCGCCUGGAGAUGUGACUCCCAGGUACGAUCCGCGGGCUUCCGUUGAUAGCGGUCGCCCUAGUACUUCUCAUUCUGCAUCAGGAUACCCGGCCCCUAUUGGGCCUCCCCGUUAA